GGAGCCGGAGCCGCCUCCCGCCGGCAGGGCCGGGUCCGCAGCGCGCGCGCCGGGAAAAGGAGCUCGCGGGGCGGCAGCCGACACAGGGCCUCGCGGCCUGCAGCUGCGCCCUGCGUGUCAAUGAAAAUAAGUGAGCAGCCCCAGUCUAAACGGUCAUGUGAUGUCAUUUGUGAUGAUGUCAUAAGAACUAAAGUAACAAUGAGAGAAAUUCUGGAAGUUUGAAUUUGUGCACUGACUAGCAACCACUUUCAAUGUUUCAUCACUUCGGCAAAUCUGGAGAAGGGUUCCAAGUGCCGAUUCCGUCACUGUGAAAAAGCCCUUGGCAGUGAGAUUGUGUGCUCAUUAUGGAGAGAGGGAAGAUGUUCACAUCAGCUUUGCCAAUUUAGACAUAUGGAAAUACAGCAAAAAUGCAACAGAAUCUCAUGUUUCUGGGAAACACAGCCUUUAGGCUGUGUGAGGAUCAGUUGUGUCUUCCAUCAUAGCAAACCUCGUAAUAUAAAUGGACUUUUUUUGCCACCUAGUAGCAAUGCCACACUCCAAAAGGAAGUUCAAGAAGGAACUCUGCAUCCUGCCCACACUCAAGAACCCCUAAAAGGUCAAGAAAGCAUUUUAAGACCCAUUCAUCCUCCACUGAUCAUAAACAUCAGCCUGGAGGAGGAAGAGGAAGAAGAAGAAGAGGAGAACUAUGCCUCUUAUUUAUUGACAAAAACUCCGGCAGACAUUGAGGAAGAAAAAGCAAUAAAGGAGAUGUGUUAUAAAUCUGGAGAAUAUUACAGAAUUCAGACUCCUCAGGAGAACCAGUCAGCAAAAAUCAUGUCUUCAACACUGAAUAAUGAGCUAUUGAAACCCAUGGAAACUGGCAGAGAUUUACAAGAAGGUGAUGGUGUUACAGUUCCAACAAAGUUUAAUAUUAUAGAAAGACAAGGAGAGGUAACAGCAUCAUUAGAUGGUAACACCAGGACUGAUCCUGGUGCCUUUGAAAAUGGAGGAGGUGAUUGUUAUAUACUACAAAGGAGCAUAUUUGUUGGAGGGAAGCAAAGUGAAACAUUAACUGGAGAAAAAGAAUUAAUUACAUCCAGACGUUCAGAUGUGAAAGCAGUGAGCCACACUGAGCCAGUAAAGAAGCGUCACUUUAAAGGAGUGAAGAAAAAGAAAUGGAUUUCUGAAGAACCAAAAAACUCAUUCAGCAUGUUUGCAGGCAAAGCAAUGCAUGCUUCAAAUCCAAAAGGUAAAACAAAUUGCCAACAAAAUGAUCAAAGCAAGGAUGCUGAAAAUACUUCUUAUGUUCCAUCUCAAAGAGCCAUUGGGAGAAGUAUUUCCUUGAAUUCUCCAGAACCUGGAAGAUCAACAAACAUGACCUACAGUAAUGUCAGUGUUACCAAAGAAUCCAAGCCGAAUCCAUCUACAGACAAAUGGACUUCAGCAUCCUAUAAUUCACCAGCGUGGAGAAAAAGAAGCCCCCAUACAAAAGCAUACUCUAAAUCUGAAAAAAUCCAUUCAGGUACCUAUUUGAGAGCAUUACUUUCAGUGCAAUGUAAUAUAGUAAAGAUGACAUAUCUGUUUUAAUUCUCUCUCCAGCUAGAAUCUGGAAGAAGCUUUUACCCAGGCACCUACCUUAAGAUGACUGUUUUCUGAGGGGUGCUGAAAAAUCCAAGAGAGUUGUCUGCCCUUUUAUUUUGAGACCACGUCCUUUUACCCAAUAUCUCAUGGUUUCCCACUUUUGGCAAGAUACAUGACUUCCUCUAAAGUCAGGAGCCACUAUGCUGUUAUUACUGUAUGGAGUAGCUGUUGGCUUGAGUGCUGGACCAAGUACUAUGGUUAUGUAAUCCACAUUACUACAGUGUGGGUCUUUAUCCCCCUUCAGUGGUUUCUCCAAAGAACACCUUAAUGAGAAAGCAACAGCUGCAAGCUAGGGGACUAAGUCCUGUAGCUCAAGCGGUAGAGCUGAUGCAUUGAAUGCAGGAUGUCUCAGUCCCUUCUGACAAUCCAUGGCAGGUUGUCAUCACAAUUGGCACCCUUCCUCACCCUCCCUUUGCUUUCUAAGACUUCUGUUCACCAAAAUAUUUAAGCACGUGCCUAACUGCUUAAGCACAUAAGUAGUGUGGCUAUUUAGGCUUAAAAUUAGGCAUAUGCUCAAAUACCUUGCUGAACUGAAACCUAAGUCCAUACAUCUUCACUACAGUGUCUAUAUCGGACCCGGAGCCCAUCCCAAUCCAUAAGUGGCAAUACAGCGCUGGAGCUUGUGGAAUCUCUGUGAUCCUCCCAUUGUCUCCAGCCAUGGAAAUUGCUAGGUGAUGCAGGGCAGGUUCUUCUUCCUCUGUGGCAUACAGUCUUAUAUGGUCCCCAAGAUUGCUAGUUUCAGAAGAUAUCUUUUAAGUAGUCUGCGAACACUCACAGACAUGGUGAACUGAAUUGCUCUUAAAUGCUGGAAAUGAUGUCCCUGAGUGAAUCAAUGUUUCCAGUGAAGGAUCAGGCUUCAGUGGUGGUCUGAUUGUAAUUCCUAAAUAAUCUCUGCCCUUCAGGUUUUCCCAUUUACAAAGCUGCCCACAUUUUCCCAAAUGUUAUUGCAUAAAUUCUAUGUGUGAUAUGCAUUUUUAAUGCGCUCACACACACACACAUUCAGACAGUGCUUAAAGAUCUAUUUGCAAAGAUGUUGGAGAAAAAAAAUCUGUGAGGCAUUUUGAAAAUGCGUCAGUUAUAUUGAGUGAAUAUUUUCUCUUUAUUGUAAUAAACUGUUAUAAGUGCUAAAUGCUCCAACACUUAAUAAGUCUUUAAAAGGACAUGGAGAUUUAUAACAAUAAAUUAUACAAAAAUAUGCUGUGUAUUUU